UGACGUGUCACUUACUGGUUGGAUGAACUGUUUAAUAUAGAACUUUUUUUUUUUUUUUACCCGAUCGUGGUUCUUUUUCUUCCUCUCUCUCGCCGUCUCGCGAAUCUCUCCGAUUGCAAGAGUUGUUUCACAAUCAGUUGGAAUCGGAGGAGAUUGAAUAUGGAGGAGAUUGAAUCGAUUGGUCAUGGGAAUUUCACUCUAUGACAUUGAUGAAGAGACUCGUGUGCUUCCUCCCUUUGAGACAUAGCCUGGGUGAGGUUCUCCAUGCUCCCAACGUGAUGAAUAUGAUCAAAGAUACAAAAGCAGCAAAAGAGGUCAAAGCUCUCAACGAUUUCCACACCAUGCUUUCAAAUGAUGCAGAUCGUGCAUGCUAUGGACCAAAACACGUGGAAGUUGCUCAUGAACGAAUGGCAAUCCAAACACUUCUCAUUACGGACGAGCUUUUCAGGAAUUCUGACGUGAAAACAAGGAAGCAGUAUGUGAAUUUGGUGGAGUCGGUGAAACAUUCGGGAGGAGAGCUUUUAUAUUUUCUGUGAUGCAUGUGUCAGGGGAACGUAGCAUUGAUCCUUUUCAGCUCUUUGACAGAAACGAUUGGGAACACAUUUAGGCCAUACUUUGCCGACUUGCAGGCUCUUCUUCUCAAGUGUAUGCAGGAUGAAAGCAGUAGUCGAGUCAAAUGUACAUUUAGGCCAUAUUCUACUUUAAUUUCUUUAACUUUUUUUAAACAAAAUUUCAAAUUAAGAGAUUCAAAAUAAGAACCCAGGGAAAAAUUGUAAUUAUGCUUCCCAAAGUUCUUAUUCAACUAAAAGUACAUCUCAUAUUAAUUCAAAA